AAAGUCACAGCAAAAUAACUAGUUAUAGAAUUGCAGUGGCAGAAGCGAAGUGAAGUGGGAAAGAGACAGAACCGAAAAUGGUUGCGACUUUGAGUCUUCCGAUCAUAGACCUCUCUUCUCCCCAUCGUCUUUCCACAGCCAAUUCCAUUCGUCAGGCAUGCGUGGAAUAUGGUUUCUUUUACCUUGUGAACCAUGGGGUGGACACCGAUUUUGUGAGCAAAGUCUUCGACCAAAGUUGCAAGUUCUUCUCGCUUCCGGUCCAACGCAAAAUGGACCUGGCCCGCAAGGAAUAUAGAGGCUACACUCCUCUCUAUGCUGAGACACUUGAUCCUACUUCACUCUCCAAAGGUGAUCCAAAAGAGACCUAUUACAUUGGUCCUAUAGAAGAUACCUCUAUUGCUCAUCUGAAUCAAUGGCCUUCUGAAGAAUUACUGCCAAACUGGAGACCUACAAUGAAAUCCUUAUAUUGGAAACUACUGGCUGCUGGAAAAAGUCUGCUGUCUCUGAUUGCCUUGUCCUUGAAUCUGGAAGAAGAUUACUUUGAGAAGAUAGGUGCCUUGAACAAACCAGCUUCUUUUCUUCGCCUUCUGCACUAUCCAGGUGAAUUGGGAUCUGAUGAGCAGAUAUGUGGUGCCUCUCCUCAUUCAGAUUAUGGCAUGAUCACUCUCCUAAUGACUGAUGGUGUUCCUGGACUGCAGAUCUGCAAGGAUAAAGUCAACCAACCUCAAGUCUGGGAGGAUGUGCCUCAUGUAGAAGGGGCCUUAAUAGUGAACAUUGGAGACAUGAUGGAGAGGUGGACAAAUUGUUUAUACAGGUCAACACUUCACAGGGUUAUGCCAACAGGAAAAGAACGUUAUUCCGUGGCAUUCUUCUUUGACCCGGCCUCAGACUGUGUGGUGGAGUGCUUUGAAAGUUGCUGCAGUGAAUCAUCUCCUCCCAGAUUCUCUCCAAUACGUAGUGGGGACUACUUGAAUGAACGGUUCAGACUCACCUAUGGUUCUGAAAAGGAUCUAAAAUGUGAUUUAUCCAGUUGAAGGACUAAAUGCCGUACUUAUUAUGGCUGGCUGCUACCACAAAUAUGAAAAUAUAUGCAGUCCAGAGACUAAUCAGAAAGCUUUUAAAUUAAUUUGCGAAAAGUGGUCUAUGAUUGUUUGUGACUGUGUUUACAUGGUUCUUGUCAUAUGAGAUCGAGCAUACUAUUAUUGUUUUUGACUUUUUGUUGUUGAUAUUAUGGUUAGUAGAAAACAUACUAUUUAAGCUGCAA